AUGACGACAGACGCGCGCACAGCAGCCAGCAGCCAGCCGCCAGCCGCCAGCCGCCAGCCGCCAGCCCACCACCACCACCACCACCACGACGGGCAGGCAGCCAGCCAGCCAGCGAGCGAGCGAGGAGCAGACGGGCAGCAGACGGACGAUGCGAUGCGAUGCGACGCGACGCGGUGCGAUGCGAUGCCGGCACGUGACCCGCGGCGAACAAGUGCCGAUCCGGACGCUGACGCUGACGCUCGCACUGGCGCUGGCGCUGGCACUGGCACCGGCGCCGGCGCUGGCGCUGACGCUGAACGCGAUGUGCUGCCGCAGCGGCCAGAACCGCUCCCCAUCGCGGCCGACGGCCACCCUCGCCCUCUCUCCCUCUCUCUCUCUCUCUCUCACUCGGUGCUGCUGCGGCAGAGCAGCCCUGCGAGUCGCCGUAUUCGUUCAGCACCGCCAGUCGGCCGCCGGCCAGCCUCUCCUGACUAUCAUCCGAACCUCGUACACGGCGCUGCACUGCCCUGUGACGCUCUCGGUGACGCUGCUCAAGGGCGUGGAGCUCUGCAGGCUGCGGCGCGGUCGCUUGAAGGAACUGCUCUGUUGGGGGGAGGUGAACUGGUAGAGUUGAGCGUCGUCGGCCUCCAUGUUAUCCAAGUUUGCGCGCAGAAGCCAGUAUCAUGCCGGAGAUUUGGGGUUCACGGGCCGUGUGGUGGGCGGGAAGAGCAGUGGUGAUAGUGUGGAAAGGGAGGCGAGGCGAGGCAGGCGAGUGCGCGCGAAAUGGAAGCGUUCGAGAAGCUUUUGACAAUAUACCAACGGGUAUAAGCUUGGAUGCUAGGCCGUCAGGAAGACAUUGAUCGUCCAAUUUCCCGGGCGGAGACGGAUGGCUCUUGUUUAGAAGAGCAAGAUCCGUGGCCUGUUUCACGGGUUUCAAGAAGACACUAGGGAGACUGCCUUGGCACAUGCAGGCACACCUUUGCCAUGAGAGCCGCCCGCGCGCGGCCCAUGGGCCCUCUGCGGCGCGGCAAAUGGCCUGCAGUCGUCGUCGUCGUCGUCGCGCGCGGCGGCACAGGCACAGGCGCAGGCACAGGCACCGGCACCAGCUGUUGAAGCUGACCAGCUCGGCGUCGCGGUACAGGUCGUGGCAGCCGUCGAGGGCGACGCG